AUGCACAGACUUGCUCUGACUUCCUCAUUGCAGCUUGUCUGAUGUGAGCAGCUGAGGCUUGAACGAUGUCUACUCUUCUGCUGGCCGUAGGUGUUGUUGUAGGAGUUGCUUACGUUUUCCAUCAUGUUGUUGUGCAGGGAAAGCGGUGCACAAGCAAAGCAAAGCUGCACGGGAAAACUGUGAUUGUGACCGGUAGCAACACAGGCAUUGGGAAGACUACGGCCAUAGACCUGGCUAAAAGAGGAGCCAGAGUGAUUCUUGCCUGUCGCAGCAAGCAGAGAGGAGAGGCUGCUCUUAAGGAAGUCAGGAGUGUGAGUGGCAGUAAUGAGGUGGUGUUCAUGCAGUUGGAUCUGGGGAGUCUCAAGUCUGUUCGCAGCUUUGCUGAAACCUUCCUGAAAUCUGAACCCAGACUGGACAUCCUCAUCAACAAUGCAGGCAUUUACCUGCAGGGUCGCACAGAGGACGGGCUGGGGAUGAUGUUUGGCGUCAACCACAUUGGCCACUUCCUGUUAACCAACCUGUUGCUGGACCGUCUGAAGGAGUGUGGACCGAGCAGGGUGGUCAAUGUGUCGUCCAUGGCGCAUAACUUUGGAAAAAUUGAUUUUGACUGCCUGAACACACACAAAGCAUUGGGACUGGGAACCUCGUUCAUGGAGACUCUCCAGGUCUACUCUGAUAGCAAGCUGUGCAAUGUCCUCUUCACCCAUGAGUUGGCCAAAAGUCUGCAGGGAACUAAGGUCACCUGCUAUAGCCUCCAUCCAGGAGCUAUCAACUCUGAGCUGCAAAGGAACACUAGCGCAGUAAUGCGAAUGCUCCUGAAGCCCCUGACUGCUUUUUUCUUCAAAAACACUGUCCAGGGAGCCCAGACCACUCUGCACUGUGCCCUCCAGGAGGGACUCGAACCUCUCAAUGGACGCUACUUCUCCAACUGCACUGUGAGAGAAGUUUAUGCUAAAGCCAAGGACGACGCUGCAGCAAAGAAGCUGUGGGAGCUCAGUGAGAGACUGUGUGGUCUUGCAUAAAAUGCUUGCCAUCCUGAUAUUGGGUUGCCAUUGUUUAUAUUAAAUAUCGUUUGAUGCAUGACACAUUUUGGUUUGGCAAGCCCUUCACCGCCACUCUCCUAAUUUAACAAAGAAAAGAGCUAGUCUAGAAGACAGACUAUCUUGGAGUUAACAAAGUAGUUACAGCACUGUUUAAACUGGCUAUUUUUUAUAUUACACAAAUAAGAUCUGUAACUUACAUGUAAGGUAAUGUACAUAAUUACCUUACAUGUUACAUGUAAGGUAAUUAUGUAACAGCUUGUAAGAGAUUAUAAAGAUGAAAUAAAUCCACAGAAUUAUUCA